AUGGUUGAAGAAGGGGCUAUAAUCACCAGUAAAAAUGAUAAAAAAUGGAAAAUUCUACAUAAAAUCGGAUCUGGAAAAUGUUGUAAUGUUUUUGAAGGAUUGGGUCUACAUGAUCACUCUCAGGUAGCUAUAAAAGUGUACAAUGAGGGAAACCAGUUCGAUUGUGCUCAUCAAAGGGAAUAUCUACUACUUAAAAUAGUAGCAGAGAAAUGUGGUGCUGUGCCUCAAUUAGUAUCGGUACGAGAUGACUGUAGCUAUGGUAACCAACAGGUACUUGUAGAGGAAUAUCUAGAGCCCAGUUUACCAGGAAUACUGUUUACUAUCAAACAACAAGCGGACAGUCUGUCUCUAUACUUGAUUCAUAGAAUACUCACUGAUAUAACAAGUGGCCUGUCCACUCUACAUCAAUGUGGUUUUAUUCAUGCUGAUAUUAAACCAGAUAAUAUUUUAUGGUGUCCACAAACUGGAUGUUUCAAACUCAUUGACUUUGGAUUGGCGUUUCAUAAAAACGAUAAGGAAGUUGGAUUGGUUCAAUGUACUAGCUAUAGAGCACCAGAAGUGUAUAGACACCAUCAAUCCAGUAUUUUAGCUAAUACAGCUAUAGAUGUAUGGAGUCUGGGUGUUCUAGUCUUGUAUCUAGUUACUGGAGAGAAGUUGACAAAUCAUCAGAAACAAACUGGGACUUGUCCAAAUUGUCAGAAUGGUGAAGAAGACUGUGAAAAUAAUGAGAUAGUAGAGAAGUUGUUUAGUGGUUCAGCUAGAAAUGGAGAAGCCUAUAUAAGAGUAUUAUUAGACUUAGCUAAGAGAUGUUUACAGUGUAAACCUAAUACAAGACCUCAAACUAGUGAAAUAUCUGUCCUACUAGCUUCACAACCACAUUUUAACGCAAGUUACAUGGAUUCGUUGCUUCUGUCCAGUAAAGUUCUGAGAUUAUUAAACAUGGUGGAGGAGACAGAAAUACAAGAUUCAGAGGAACUAGAAGAUAUUAAAGAAGAUAUAGUGAAUGAAUGUAGAAAGUUUGGUGAAGUUUUAAACUGUUUGAUACCCACUACAGGACAAGCUGUCGGCAAGGUGUAUGUCUGUUUUUCCAGUCAUUCCGAUGCCAAGGCAGCUUAUUCUCGUCUGAAUGGUCGUACAUUUAACAACAGAACAGUUUUAACUACAUACCUCCCUCUAGCAGAUUAUCAACAACAUCAUUUAUAUUGA